UGCCUCGGACUUUGGCCUCAGUGGUAGCUAGUGUGGGAGCCUGGGAAGCCCUGGAGCAAAGUUUCUCAAGCAAAGCAAAAGAAGAAACUUCAGGUGUUGUAGUGCCUGCUAGCUUUCCCCUGAGAAGCCUCGGCUGCCACCUGCAGGUCACGUGGGGUCCGGCCAUGUGGCUGCCUCUGCUUCUGGGAGUCUCACUCUGGGCAGCACUGUGGUUGCUCAGGGACCGGCAGAGCCUGCCCGCCAGCGAUGCUUUCGUCUUUGUCACCGGCUGUGACUCGGGCUUUGGGCGGCUUCUGGCACUGAGGCUGGACCAGAGAGGCUUCCGAGUCCUGGCCAGCUGCCUGACCCCCUCAGGGGCAGAGGACCUCGAGCGGGUGGCCUCCUCCCGACUCCACACCACCCUGCUGGAUGUCACAGAUCCCCAGAGCGUCCGGCAGGCAGCCAAGUGGGUGGAAACACACGUCGGGGAAGCAGGGCUUUUUGGUCUGGUGAAUAAUGCUGGCACGGCUGGCAUCAUCGGGCCCACACCUUGGCAGACACAGGAGGAUUUCCAGCGGGUGCUGAAUGUGAACACACUGGGUCCCAUCGGGGUCACCCUCGCCCUGCUGCCCCUGCUGCGGCAGGCCCAGGGCCGGGUGAUCAACAUCACCAGUGUCCUGGGCCGCCUGGCAGCCAGUGGAGGGGGCUACUGUGUCUCCAAGUUUGGCCUGGAGGCGUUCUCUGACAGCCUGAGGCGGGACGUGGCUCCUUUUGGGGUACGAGUCUCUAUCGUGGAGCCUGGCUUCUUCAGAACCCCUGUGACAAACCUGGAAAGUCUGGAGGACAACCUGCAGGCCUGCUGGGCACGGCUGCCUCCAGCCACACAGGCCCUCUAUGGGGAGACCUUCCUCACCAAGUAUCUGAGAGUGCAGCAGCGCAUCAUGAACCUGAUCUGUGACCCGGACCUGACCAAGGUGAGCAGGUGCCUGGAGCAUGCCCUGACUGCCCGUCACCCCAGAACCCGCUACAGCCCAGGCUGGGACGCCAAGCUGCUCUGGCUGCCAGCCUCCUACCUGCCAGCCAGCCUGGUGGAUGCUGUGCUCACCUGGGUCCUUCCCAAGCCUGCUCAGGCGGUCUACUGAACCCAGCUCUCCAGCAAGAGGUUGUUGUUCAAGGGGACACGGGUUAGAGCCCUGGUCCGGGAAGAUCCCACAUG